UAUUAAAAAAAAAACUCGAUACUCAACAAAACAAAUAAUUAUAAAUAAAAAUGUUGUAAUUCUGGACAAAGUUUCGUAUCGUAGUCAUCGAAUUUUUCCGGUAUUAAAUUCUGAAUCAAGUAUAUUCAGUUACUUUCGUGUAAUUCUUCAAACCAACCAGUUCACAACCAAUAAAAUACAGGUCUGUCUGAACAGAAUCAUGAUCAUAAACGAUUCGCUGUACAAAACCACGGACGUCAUGAAAAUUUUUCAUUCGCAAGUUAACAUAACCUUUGAUAUUCGAUUAUUUCAAAUUAAAAUGGUCCGACCACUGGAAUAAUCUUUAGUUCUGGCGAUGGAGAAUCUCAUAGUGUCUCAAUCUUUGAAGGAUAUGCUAUACUUUUUGCUAUCCAAUAUUUAAAUUUUGCUGGCCGUGAUCUCACGGAUUACAUAAUGAAAAUGUUAACUGAACGUGGUUACAGUUUUACAACUAUCGCUGCACGAAACAUCGUUGGUGACAUUAGAGAAAAAUUGUGCUACGUUACUUUGAACUACGAACAAGAAAUGUCUACCGCUGUAUUAUCUUCUACGUUAAAGAAAUCCAAUAAAUUACCUGAUGGACAAUUCAUCACAAUUAGAAAUAAAAGAUUCUAUUGCACAAAAGCUCUUUUCAAACCUUUACUCUUAGCAAUGGAAGCUUGUGGUAUCCAUGAAACCAUUAACAACUCCAUUAUGAAGUGUGGUGUAGAAUUCCGUAGGCAAAUGUCCUCCUAUAUUGUAAUGUCCGGAGAUAACAUCAUAUACCCAGGUUUUGCUGCAAGAAUGCUACAAUAAAUUAAUGCUUUAACUGCAGAUACAAUGGAGAGGAAGAUAAUUUCCAAACCAGAAAGAAAAUACUCAAUAUGCAUCGGAGGUUCUAUGUUGGCU